AUGGCCCACUCGCUCUCGCUCUCCCUCUCCCUCUCCCUCCCCACGCGCGCGCCUCUGCUCCGCCUCCUCCGCCGCCGCCGCGGCCCAGCCCACUCCGUCGCGCCGCCCAGACUCCCCGUCUGCUCCGCGCCUCCUCGCCCCCGCCGCGGCGCGCUCUUCCUCGGACCCGGAGGUGCGGGUGGAAGACGGAGAAGUGGAGUGGGGAGCAGAACUAUGUCGGCUUCCAUAUAUUCGACAACGGUGGACGCUGAAUCGGCAAUGACCAAGAAUGGAGGGGAUGUGGAGCUGCUGCCGUUCGUGUAUGACAAACAUGGAGGUAUCAUUAUUGAGAUGACAAGCCCGAUGGAUCCGCAAGCCUUUUCAGCUUCCUUGAAAUCUUUAUUGUCAAAAUGGAGGGAGCAGGGAAUAAGAGGUGUCUGGAUAAAAUUGCCAAUCAGCCUUGCCAACCUUAUUCAGUCAGCAGUAGAGGAAGGAUUCUGGUACCAUCAUGCAGAGGAAACUUACCUAAUGCUUGCGUACUGGCUCCCGAACACGCCUCAUACAUUGCCUGUAAAUGCUACUCACCGUGUGGGCGUUGGAGCUUUUGUAAUGAAUGACAAAAGAGAGGUAUUGGUUGUCCAGGAAAAAAGCGGUGUACUUAAGGGGCUUGGUAUAUGGAAAUUCCCAACUGGAGUUGUUGAACCAGGGGAAGAUAUAAACAUUGGAGUUGUAAGAGAAGUAAAAGAAGAGACUGGGGUUGAUGCAGAAUUCGUUGAGGUACUUGCCUUCAGGCAGAGCCACAAAGCUUAUUUUGAAAAAUCAGAUCUAUUUUUUGUGUGCAUCCUAAGGCCACUUUCCUUCGACAUUACUAAACAAGAGUCUGAAAUCGAGGAUGCUCAGUGGAUGCCGGUGGAGGAAUUUGCGGCACAACCAUUCGUCCAGAAACAUGAACUCGUGAAGUACAUUCUCGAGGUCGGCCUGGCUAAGUCCGACAAGGAAUAUGCGGGAUUUUCACCAAUCAGCAUAAAAUCAGCGUUCUCGCCGAAACAGUCCUUGUUUUACAUGAACAGGAGGGACCUCGAGAAAGCCUCAGGACCCAUCAUCAAUACACAAAAAGAUAGCUGA